UAGUAAAAUUUACAGUUGCAACAAAAUCAAAUCAAAUCGUUGUACAAACGAAAAAAAGUCAUAUACUACAUCAACAAUCAAAACCAUUUUUGUACUGAAAGUGUUCUAUUUCGUUUUCUAAAUAAAAGUGAAGAUUACUGUAUAACAAAUUUAAAUUAAAAUGGCGAAUCUACCAUUAAUCUUGAGUUUGGCUGACGAUUUAACCCGCUUGACACCAUUCUACGAACCGGUGUUCUACAACCGCUGGCCUGCCAUUAGUACUUCACCCAGUGUUCGAUUACGAAAGUUUGAAAAGGAUCUGCCCAUCGCUACUGUGGGAAAGGAUGGAUUCCAAGCCAGUAUGGAUGUGCAGCAGUUUAAACCAAGUGAACUGAGUGUUAAGGUAGUCGAUGACCACAUCGUUGUUGAGGGUAAACAUGAGGAGCGAGAAGAUGACCACGGUUAUAUUUCACGGCAUUUUGUUCGUCGCUAUGCACUGCCAAAAGGCUUCCACGCCGACAAAGUAGUUUCCACACUGUCAUCGGAUGGUGUGCUAACAGUCAGUGUACCAAAACCUGCCAUCGAAAAUAAAUCUAAUGAACGGGUGAUCCAAAUUCAACAGACUGUCCCAGCGCACUUAAACGUAAAGGAGAAUCAAAAAGAGAGUUCAAAAGAAGAAAAACCAAAGGCAUAGAAUAGAAACUAUAUGGAAACUACAUUCCCAUUACAUUUUGUUUAUUUAACUCAUUAAACUGCAUUCGAAAGUUGUACAUUAAAAAAAAAAAUAGUAAUAAUAA